AUGGCGGCUGCGACGCUCCGCUCCGUACUCCGCCGCAAUUGCCUCCUCCCCUUGUUCGAAACCUGCCACCUUCGAGAUCGCCGCUUCUUCUCCUCCUCUGUCGACGCUGCCGCCGUCACCGUAGGCGGCACCAUGUCUCCAGAUCCCCACUUCAUGGUGGAAUACCUCGUCAACUCCUGUGGGUUCUCCCCCUCCGAGGCAGCCAAGUUCUCUAAACCCCUUGCGCGCCUCCGAUCCACCGAGAAACCCGACGCCGUCGUUAACAUCAUGAGAUCUCGGGGCUUCGAUGGCGCCGGUAUCAGGAAGGUGAUAUCUCGGAAUCCCAGUCAGCUAUGCGUGAACGUGGAGAAGAACAUGGCCCCGAAGUUUCAGUUCUUACGCGAUUUGGGCCUAUCGGAGUCGGAUAUCGCCGAUGCCAUCCUGAAGAACGAUGUCAUCCUGCGCCUCGACGUUCACCGUUCCUUGGUCCCCAAAUUGGAGAUGUGGGAAAGUCUCUUGGGAUCGAGAGAGCUCGUUCUCAAGCAUCUCAAGAAGACAAGAUGGCUUUUCUUCUCCAGCGUUGAGAAGACAUUGCAUCCUAACCUAAAGUUCUUGAGGGAUGAGUGCGGCAUUCCUGAAGAAAGGGUCUCUGUCGUCUUGAAAAGUCGCCCACAAUUAAUCUCACUGAAACCAGUCUCUCCGAGCUUUGGUGGUGAGAGCCGAUGA